CCGCAGGCGAUGGGUUCGUGCGAGCCCCCCAACUUCUCGUGGGUGUCGGCGGGGCGGCUGGCGGCGCUGGGCAUGCCGCGGGAGCCGGGACACUACCGGUUCCUGCUGGCGCAGGGCGUGCGGCACUUGGUGUCGCUGACCGAGCGGCCGCCGCCGCACCACGGCUGCUGCCCUGCCCUGCAGCUGCACCGCUUCCGAGUGCCUGACUUCACCCCCCCGACCCCCGAGCAGAUCCGCAGCUUCCUGCAGCUGCUGGAGGAGGCCAACGCCCGCGGCGAGGCUGUGGCAGUGCACUGCAUGCUGGGCCAUGGCCGGACGGGCACCCUGCUGGCCUGCUACCUGGCACAGGCACAGAGGAUGAGUGGCAGUGAUGCCAUCCGCGAGAUCCGGCGGCUGCGGCCUGGCUCCAUUGAGACGCAGGAGCAGGAGCAGGCAGUGAUCCACUUUUGCCAGCAGGCUGGCACUGGACAGGACAGCAAGGAGCUGUGAGCAGGACCUGUGAGCAAGGAGCUGUGAGCAGGAGCUGUGAGCAGGAGCUGUGACCGCAGAGCAAUGAGCAAGGAGCUGUGAGCACGACUGUGCCCCCCGGGCAGUGAGUGCUGCAUGGGCACCAAAUGCUGGGGGGCCCUUCCCAGCCCUGCAGUGCUGCUGUCCGUCCCCUCCUGCAUUAAAGGACUCUUG